AUGCAACCCGCUCUGUCGUAUUUAUCUACAGAAUGUGUUUUGAAAUUUUUGGAUUCGAAUAAGAGAAUUCAACUCUCCCUCCGAUGCCUGGCACUCCACCAAGUUGAGAAGUCACUCCCCUUAUACUUGGAUCGUCUCUGUCUCGAUCACUUCCGGAUCACCAUCAACCACAUCGAUUUCCAUGUCUCCUCGAAGCAAAUAACCGCUCAUUCGAAAAGAGUCAAACGCCAAAUACCUCUACCUAGUCACAUGACGAGAGCUCAAGUAUUCAGAAGGUUGAUGGAUGCACUAUUGAAAGAUAGAUAUGAAAUCUCAGUGAAUAAGAUGACUUUCAGAGUUUAUCUUCUCGAUCUGUUCCCACUGCCAGAGAACAUGAGGGUUAAAGUCAAGAGGCUUGACACGGGGCUUCUUGAACUAAAACGAUUGAUUCCAGUUAUUAAUCAAACAAGUUCCCCAUUGAAAGAAUUGAAAUUUGUGGCAAGAAACCAAACAGAUCUUCAUAUCCCUAUGGUUCAUCGGGCUGAAAAGCUGGGGAUCAUUGAUUUCAGUACCCACAAAAAUAAAAUUAACUGGGGGGUCAUUUUAGCAUUUCUGCCAAAUAAAGAAAUAGUUCUCAAACAGGCGAAAUUGUCAGAUAGAGAAGUAAUGAGUGUUGUUGAAAGCUGGCUGGAAAGUAAGAGGGAUAUCGGAGCAUCGUUCACAUGGGAACGAUAUGAGAGCAAAACUGUUGAGAAGGUGAUGAAGAAAGUGAGAAGAUGUUUUGGAGGAAACGUUGCAGCGAUGGAAGAAAACGAGAAAUUAUCUCCUUCCCUCGCCACACCUUGCCUUAUUCUCCCGAUGAACAACACGUCUGAACUCAUCCUCUAUGGUACCGAAGAGAAAGGACUCGAAGGAUUUACUUUCAACUUGAAAAUGGAAAUUUUCCCAGCUUCAUCUAUCAAUUCAUUUCAUCAACAUCAUCCACAUCAUCCUUAUCAAUUCUACGCUCAGGGGCAGGAAUCAGAAUUUUCUCUUGUUUUAAACUUUUUCCACGUUCCAAUUCUGGCAUUUAUUGCAGGCUGGUUGAUGGGAUACAUUAGAUCCACGUCAUUCAUCGUCUGCAUAUCCACGUCACCAUCUACUGAGCUUAGCAAACAAAUCUCCUCGUUGUGGUGUAGAGUAGAGACCGUCAUCUCCUCAUCUCUUGUGUACGACCAAUCGAUUUUUCUUGUCGACAUCCCACAGUAUUUGAAUAUUCAAACUUACUAA